AUAUCUUCCUGACAAAAAUAACCAGAGAGUGAGGAGAUUUGUAGCUCGGGUUCUAGAAGGUUUUGGAGUGAUCGGAGAGCGGAAUCAGCAGGGAGGGAAUGGUGCUAGUGCAAGGCGGUGAUGCGAAAGGUCUAGAGAGGCUGCCGGCGGCGAACGGUGGAGUGUCGGCUAAGGCAGCGCCGAAUAAAGGAAUGCGACUGGGGAGGUACGAACUGGGGAGGACUCUAGGUGAAGGAAACUUUGGAAAAGUCAAGUACGCGCGCCACGUCGACUCCGGCGAGUCCUUUGCCGUUAAAAUCCUCGAGAAGAACCGCAUCCUUGACCUACGCGUAACCGAUCAGAUAAAGAGAGAGAUCGGGACCUUGAAACUUCUCAAACAUCCCAAUGUUGUCAGAUUGCACGAGGUCUUGGCAAGCAAAACCAAGAUAUGUAUGGUCCUAGAAUACGUCAAUGGGGGAGAAUUGUUUGACAGAAUUGUAUCCAAAGGCAAACUGUCUGAGGUAGAAGGCAGGAAGCUCUUCCAGCAAUUGAUUGAUGGUGUCAGCUACUGUCACAGCAAAGGAGUUUUCCACAGAGAUCUUAAGCUAGAAAACGUGCUGGUUGAUGAGAAUGGGAUCAUUAAGGUUUCAGAUUUUGGCCUCAGUGCAUUGCCUCAACAUUUUAGGGAUGAUGGGUUGCUGCACACAACAUGCGGAAGUCCCAACUAUGUUGCACCUGAAAUUCUUUCAAACAGAGGAUAUGAUGGUGCCACCUCAGAUACCUGGUCAAUCGGUGUCAUCUUAUAUGUUAUUCUUACAGGGUAUUUACCCUUUGAUGAUAGAAAUCUAGCAGUACUGUAUCAAAAGAUAUUCAAGGGUGAUGCUCAUAUACCAAAGUCACUAUCUCCAGGGGCACGGGACCUCAUAAAGAGGAUACUUGAUCCCAACCCUAGUACCCGUAUUACAAUUUCAGAGAUCAAAGAACACCAGUGGUUUAAACCAGGCUACAACCCUGCAAAUCCUGAUGGAGAAGAAGAAGAUGAGGAUGAUGAUGCAUAUAAAGAUAAUGAAAUCCCAACUGUAAAUGAAGUGCCACUCGAUGGAGAAAGAAAUCCAGAAACACCACCAACACUUAUUAAUGCUUUUCAGCUGAUAGGAAUGUCUUCCUGUUUAGAUCUUUCUGGAUUUUUUGAGAAAGAGGAUGUCUCCGAAAGGAAGAUCAGAUUUACAUCUAACCUUUCACCAAAGGAGUUGCUUGUGAGGAUUGAAAAUACAGUAACAAAUAUGGGAUUCCAAGUCCAAAGAAAGCAUGGAAAGCUGAAAGUGACCCAAAAGCAGCACAAAGUUCAAAAGUGCCCCGGGAGUCUGUCAGUAGCCGCAGAAGUCUUUGAAAUCAGCCCUUCCUUGUACGUUGUAGAGUUACAUAAAUCCUAUGGUGAUGCUGCCGUGUAUAGACAGUUGUGUAAAAAGUUAUCCAAUGAUUUGGGUGUCUCCCGUAGUCAAGAGCUCCUGACAACUGAGUUUAGUACUCAAUCAGACGAUGCUGAGACAACGGAUGGCAGCGACAGCUAAAUCUUUUUUUUUUUUUUUCAUAUAGUUUUGUUAAUCCAGAACGAUAUAUAUUUUUUAUAGAAAUGUACAAAUGGAAUGGGAGCAUAUAUCCAUCCAAUUAUUAGAAAAUAGAGAGAAGAGAGCUUUGUAUUUAGUUCAUUUGAUUUGCAUAUCUCUUGGUAACUUUUGCUACCAGUUGCUAAUUGCAUAUCGAACUGUCAUCAAACAAUAAAUUCAAGCCUGCUAUGAAUGAAAAGAAAGUAUAUAUUUUAUGGAGUUUUU